UUAAAAAAAGCCUGUCAGGUUUACAAAACACUAUUAUUUUACUUUUAAAUUUAAAAAAAUAUAAAUGUUACUUUUAAAAUUAUAUUCAAGUCCCCCAUCACGUUUUUUUUUUUUCCACACUAAAUGAUUGCAUCUUGUCAAAACUCAAUUAUCAAGACUUGCACUGAUCCAUAACUAUUGAAAUUUUGCAAUAAAAAUAUAUAUUUUUAACUGUUUUCCUCUGCAUUGCUGAACACAAUUAACGUAGCCAAGGGCCAGGAUUCCAGCAGAUGCCAUUGGACUCAGUGUAAAAUAGCAGUCAAGACUUGUUGACUUUAUCGUGCAACGGGUUGCAAUACGAAAUUGAAAUUGGGUCAGAGGAGGAAAAGCACAUGAUUCCGGGGAGAUUUUACCAUAAAAGUUAAAGACUGGAUGCAUAAAUUCACUCUAACACGGCGCGAGCAAGUGGGCGACCGAGCAGCAGGGAGAGGCAGCAUUAGACAUGGAAGCAAGUGGAAUCCCUUUAUCAUCGCAUCUCAAGCACCUUAAAUGGUAAAUAUCUUACGUUUACCCUACUCUACACAACAGCAUGGAGGCGAUUGAAAAACGAAUAAUUUAUCGUAUGAAAAUAAUAAAACCAGGAUUUUUCUCUGGUACACUUUUGGCGACGCCGGGGCCAACAAUGCCGGAUAAAGCCUUGUUGUUUUGUUCCAAUGUCUUGUUAACAACUCUUCAUUGGCAACACGUCAUUUGUCACAUGGUCAAAGCAGUCUUCAGUAAAAUUAUUUGAUCAAACCAACACUCUAUGAUCCAUUCAGCUCGUUGCUUGGUCGGAUUUGAAAAAAAUAGAGGCUUAUAUCGGCAGUGUUUGUGUUGGAGCAAUCUCCUACACAACAUAUAUUAACCAUUGUUCUGUACACAACACAUAUUAACCGUUUUUACAAUUAAAAUGAUUGAAUAAUGUGACUGAAUUUUGUGGAAAAACAACUAAAAUGCUGGCUUCCACUGCAACCAAGCUAAAUGCAUAAGGGCACUGCGCGUGAAAAACCUGUCUUUGAUUGCUUCUCUCCCGGUUACUGAUGCUGGUUUCCUGGCCAACACCGAAACGGGAUUAAAGUUGUUUUGCGCUUUUUUUGGGUUCAUUUUACAAACAAAAGGACUACGGGUUGUGGCUCAGUGGAGUACAAUCUAUCAAAUUCAGUAUAUAGUAACUCCGGAUGUGAUAAGGGGACUUAAAUGUGUUGACAUCACGUGGGAGCAAGUAGGGCACUACUUUCCUUAGCAGGAGAUGAGGAAUCUUGACAAGAUGGCCGCCAGCGUCAGACACUACCUUUCCCAGCAUGCCGCACUACUCACCCAGGUGAGGCUGUUUAAGUCACUUGAUUGCAGCCGGCCUGUAUGAGUGGAUAAAAGAGGACCAGAAUGAGAGGAGGGGGGUGGUCGAGGAUAUUGACACAAGGCCAAUACUGAGGGCUGUGCAGAAAGACGUUGAAGAAAGUUUUAUUUUCUUUUUUUUUUUUUUUUUUUUUUCUUUAAAUCUUUGAGAACAUACCUAAGUUCGCCUUUUUUGAGGAGUUUAUUUUGUUGUUCUGUUUUGUAUUGCUUCUUUGCCACAUUUUAGCCACUUUCUUUUGGGGAUUCCUGCUGUUUGACAAAAGAAGCUAUGUCAUUGGAACCAUUUGCCUCCGGGGCUCUUUCCUGUCCAGGUCUACCUCUCGUGUUUUAAUUUUUAAAAGUUAUAUAAUUUAAGAAAUUGAAUGCUCAUGAUCAUUUUUCAGGUUUAUGAAGCUCUGGAGGAAAUAUUGUACCAAUUAAAGAAAGAAAAAAAAAAACAAUAGGAAAAUCAUAAGGACAUGAAAAAAAAAAUCACUUUUUUGAGCCGUAUUGGCCAACAAAACUAUUGACUUAUAUUAAAGGGAAUGAUGACCACUCUUAGGAGGCAUUUAUAAUUUGAAAACAAUCACUAUUCAUUGUCUGGCACAUUCUUUGAGUCAUCCAUAAUACAAAAUAGUCAUGAUGUUGCUGUGUGAUAUGGUUAUGUUGUAACAAACCCAGGUGACAUUUCCUCACAGGUCAGUUGCCCAAGUGGCUUGAAAACAACACAAACUGCUUCUUUGCGAGGCUUGUGAAUCAAAAAAUUGGGGAAGCAGCUCCUUUCGCAAGGUCUCAAGUCUCUCGACCGCCCUCCUCUCCAUUGUCGGGGGACACUGCGCGAUGUAGGCCAGUACCAGCCUGUGGUACAGAACACUCUGUGUCUUGUGCAGAACAAUCAGCCUUUGCCCAUCUACAUCAGCUCCUUAGGAUCAGUUCCAAGUUGUUCUUCCAGUCAUCCGUGUGUACAAACAACAGAAUAGCCUCUGAUAUGGGCUCAUCAUUCUAUGCCAUUGGCCAAGUACUGGGGGAUCCAGGAUGGAGCUUAAAGGCGAUGAAAAAAGAGUAGACAGCCGGACUAUCUACGUUGGUCAUCAGCCAUGUUCUGCCAGCGAGCCUUUCAUCCCGCCAAAGUUUUGUGACAACAGAAUUGUGUCGUCCAAGUAUACCGUGUGGAACUUUUUACCAAAGAACUUAUUUGAACAGUUCAGAAGAAUUGCCAAUUUCUACUUCCUUAUCAUCUUUCUGGUUCAGGUGAUAGUGGACACCCCCACCAGCCCAGUCACCAGCGGCCUACCCUUAUUUUUUGUCAUUACAGUGACAGCCAUCAAGCAGGGCUAUGAGGACUGGCUACGACACAAGGCUGAUAAUGAGGUGAACAAGUACCCGGUGACAGUGCUUGAAAAUGGUCGGAGGCUACGGAAGGAAAGCGAGAAGAUCAAGGUGGGUGACGUUAUAGAAGUGGAGGAAGACGAAACCUUUCCCUGUGAUUUAAUCCUGCUCACAUCGAGCAGGGAUGACGACAUCUGUUUUGUUACCACUGCUAGUCUAGAUGGAGAAUCCAACCAUAAAACACACUACACUGUUCCAGACGUAGAGAAGGAUCUGGAAACCCUCAGUGCCACUCUGGAGUGUGAACAGCCCCAGCCUGACCUUUAUAAGUUUGUUGGCCGUAUGUACAUCUACAAAAGCAAUCAGGAACCAGCAGUGAGGUCUUUGGGACCGGAGAAUUUGCUGCUGAAAGGGGCAACUUUAAAAAAUACUCAGAAAGUCUGCGGUGUUGCUAUUUACACUGGCAUGGAGACCAAAAUGGCACUCAAUUAUCAGGGCAAGUCUCAGAAACGCUCUGCUGUGGAAAAGUCCAUUAAUGCCUUCCUUUUGGUUUACCUUUGCAUUCUGGUGAGCAAAGCCCUUGUUUGCACAACGCUCAAGUAUGUUUGGCAAAGCAAGCCGGGCCAGGAUGAGCCUUGGUACAAUGAGAAAACCCAAAAAGAGAGGGACACCAAUGUGUAUCUAAAAAUGUUCACCGACUUCCUUUCAUUUAUGGUGCUCUUCAACUUCAUCAUUCCCGUGUCCAUGUACGUGACGGUUGAGAUGCAAAAGUUUUUGGGGUCGUUUUUUAUCUCCUGGGAUAAGGACUUUUUUGACCCUGAUAUCAACGAGGGAGCACUGGUUAACACCUCAGACCUCAAUGAGGAACUAGGGCAGGUGGAGUAUGUGUUCACUGACAAAACGGGGACCCUCACGCAGAAUAACAUGCAGUUUAUCGAGUGCUGCAUCGACGGAUUCCAGUACAAGCAUCGAGACAACGACUCAGAGUUAGACAGAUUUUGUGUCACAGAUGGGCCCACAAGUAGAAUGGAAGAAAAAGCUGGCAGGGAGCGCGAGGAACUGUUUCUUCGUGCCAUUUGCCUGUGCCACACAGUCCAGGUGAAGGAUGCCCCCAAUACCGAUCAGAUCCAGGGCGACCAGGUGGACACCAUCGUGCUGCGUGUCCCUAUAGAUGAAAGGGGCUUUAUAGCGUCCUCUCCCGAUGAGGUUGCUCUGGUCAAGGGUGCCAUGAGGUAUGGUUUCACAUAUCUGGGUCUGGAAAGUAAAGCCAUGAAAAUCCUUAACAGGAGCCAUGAAAUUGAAGUCUAUGAGCUCCUUCACGUGUUAAAUUUUGACCCAGUGAGAAGACGAAUGAGUGUCAUUGUCAAAUGCAAAUCAGGGGAUAUCGUGCUCUUCUGCAAGGGAGCAGACUCAUCUAUAUUUCCUCGUGUCCAACAAGAGGAAGUGGAGCCCAUUCGUGUGCACGUGGAGCGAAAUGCAAAGGAGGGCUACAGAACACUGUGCGUUGCCUACAAGCUCCUCGGCACUGAGGAGUACGCCCGGGCCGACGCGGGCCUUAGGGAAGCCAGACUGGCUUUGCAGGACAGAGAGGAGAAGCUCAUGGCAGUGUAUAACGAGGUGGAGACUGGCAUGAGUCUCAUUGGAGCGACUGCUGUUGAAGAUAGACUUCAAGAAGAGGCAGCGGAAACAAUGGAGGCCCUGCAGGGCGCUGGCAUUAAAAUCUGGGUGCUGACAGGGGACAAAAUGGAGACAGCCAAGUCCACCUGUUUUGCCUGUCGCCUGUUUCAGAGGACCACCGAGCUCUUGGAGCUGACGGUGCGCACGCUCGACGCUCGAGGCGGUCGCAAGCGCGAGGAAAGACUGCACGAGCUCUUACUCGAGUAUCACAAGAAAGCCGUUCAGGAUGAGCACACCUUGGAAAAUGGUGUUAGGAGCAGGAGCUGGACUGUUACCAACCAUGAUUUCGGUUUUAUUAUUGACGGAGCCAGUCUCUCGAUGGUGCUCAACUCCACCGAUUCCAACUCCAGCCACUACAGAAACCUCUUCCUGCAGACCUGCCAAAACUGCACCGCUGUGCUCUGCUGCCGCAUGGCUCCUUUGCAAAAAGCCCAGAUUGUAAAACUGGUCAAGAACUCCAAAGGCAACCCCAUUACCCUCUCCAUCGGUGAUGGCGCUAAUGACGUCAGCAUGAUUUUGGAAGCUCAUGUUGGCAUUGGCAUCAAGGGUAAAGAAGGUCGCCAAGCGGUGAGGAACAGCGACUAUGCCAUACCCAAACUCAAACACCUGAAAAAACUCCUGCUCGCUCAUGGACAUCUGUACUAUGUUCGCAUUGCUCACUUGGUGCAGUAUUUCUUCUACAAGAACCUGUGCUUCAUCUUACCUCAGUUUUUGUACCAGUUCUUCUGCGGCCAUUCCCAGCAGCCCCUCUAUGAUGCAGCCUAUCUGACGAUGUACAACAUCUGCUUCACCUCUAUGCCCAUCCUGGCUUACAGCCUCUUGGAGCAGCACAUCAGCAUCCAGGUUCUCCUGGGCAAUGCUACCCUCUACAGAGAGAUACGUAAAAACUCCAUGUUGCGAUGGGGACCCUUCCUUUACUGGACACUCCUGGCGGUCUUCCACGGUUUGGUAUUCUUCUUUGGGGUGAGAUUUUUGUUUCGAAACCCAGCACUGCAGGAGGACGGCCAGGUUUUUGGAAAUUGGUCGUAUGGCACAAUCGUCUUCACUGUCCUUGUAUUCACUGUCACGCUAAAGCUUGCUCUGGACACGCGGCACUGGACGUGGAUCAACCACUUUGUAAUUUGGGGCUCUUUGGCUUUUUACAUCCUUUUCAGCUUUUUCUGGGGAGGAAUUAUUUGGCCUUUCCUGAGUCAGCAGCGUUUAUAUUUUGUAUUUGCCACCCUGUUGAGUUCCGUGUCGGCAUGGCUGGUCAUCAUUCUGCUCAUCUUGUUCAGCCUACUGCCAGAGAUCCUUCUGGCUGUUUUCAGCAAGCCCUUCAAUCCCUUUUCUCACCAGAAUAAUCCAGUUGAGUCGAACAGGGGGGACGCCCUGUCCUUGCGGUCGUCUUCCAGGCCCCUGCUCAUGAGCACCUUUACAGAUGAGUCCAAUAGUGUCAUUUAAACAGGUAUCAGUCCACCUUUUAAGCCAAUCCAAGACUGGUGACCAAUCCCAUCUCCCUUCAGCGUAGUGCUAACGUUGUUUUACAAAGCGCCCAAUCAAAACAAGAUGUCGUGUGUGUGGCUUUUGUCUUGUGCAAGCUGAUAUUGGUUGGCUGAAGAGCAAGAUUAAAAGAAAAUUUGAGUCCCAAACUUACACAUUUUGCUUUUCAACCUCCCUUUUGAUGCCCACCCGCUCUCACCCCUCUGCACGUGCUUUGAAAACGAAUUGUCACAUGAGCGUGAUGGUGCCGGCGCUGUUGGAUUUACUCACACAAUACAAGAUGGGCCGUGUGAUUCUGUGUUUGCGCUCGCAGUGUUGAGACCAUGUCAUGUGUACAUGUUGGAAGUAGGCCUUUAUUAUUAGCUUUCACCUCAGGGAGAUUACAUUAGAGCGGCGCGGAGGAGACAUCACAUGGUUUAAGAGGGGACACAGUGCUUGUCUUGGUUCUUUUCACAAUCAAAAUAGAGAAAUGAUCUGUUUUUUGGGGAAGAAUGUAUAGUGGUGCUUUGAGAUAUAAGGGGAACUUUCAAACUAAAUGACAUGAUAUCUUUAAAAAGCCCAAAUAAGUUUGUCCUAGAGUCCACUAUUUUAUUAUAUUGGCUGCCAUUGAGGGUAAUAGUCGUCCAAUCCAUUUUGACCGCCUAGGCUUAUAAUGCACUGGGGGAAGCCUUGAAAUGGAUUGGAAGUUGAUGCCUGUCAAUGAUCAUUCAAAUAUCUUUUUAGAAAAAAAAAAAAAAAAAGAAUGUAUUUGGGAAAAAAUUAUAAAAAUAAAAACAUUCACUUUCAGCCUUUAGUUCAAAUUGGUUUGUCUAUUACCAUCAGUGGCACUGAAACAUGACCAAUCAUUCAUUAAAAUGAUUUAACAAUAUUUUUGUAAUUCAAAUGUAUUAAAAUAAAUAAGUUAAAAAAUUAAAUAAAAAUAAGCAUCAUCAUUCCCUUUCAGUGGCAGCCAGUGAGUUAAUAGAGACGGAAGAGCACGAAGAAUCAUAUUUCUUUCUUUUUUUUUAUCAUUAACAAUUAAUAAUUCAAUCAUUUAUUUUUCAAAAUCAUUUCAGUAGGGAUUUGAGGUGCAAGUGUUUUAUACAUGGUACCAGAAAGAUUACUGCUUGCCUCUCAAAGCAUCACUGUGUUUGACAAAAUGUGUAAAUUUUUUGUAUGUUUGUUCAUUUAUUUUAAGCUGUUUAUUUGGCAAUCACAAUGGGGAAAAAGUAUAACAUUACUAUUUAAUAAACUCAGUGGCUGCCAUUGGUGCCAAUAGACGGAUUGGAAGUCUAUCGCCAUCAAUGGCAGUAAAUAAACCCAUGUGAAAAGAAACAGGAUGAUCAUUUUUUGGAUGUAUGGGACAAUUGAUGAUGAUGAGUAGUAAUGAUAGAGAUGCAUUUCUACUAUUAACACUGGUGUUGGCUGUCCAAAAUGUUCAUAUUGCAGCUGGUUGGCUUUUUUAAGAAAAUGUUGUGUUCUCUGCAAUGUGAACAUCCAAAGCAGCAGCUGUGUGGUUGGAGGGUGGAGUUGUUUUGUUCACACUCACCAUGAUGUUUUUGUGUGCGUGUUUUAAUCACGUCCCUUAGCCUAAGCUAACUGUGAGCGCUUGUGAAUGUGUCGUUGAACAAUUGCAUCAGGCGCUUAACCUUCAUUUGUGUUCUUCAACUAGCUGUCUGACGACGACCUCCAAUGAGCAACCAGGUAAAGCAAAAGGAAAGAAACUCUUUGCAUUGAUGGGAAAUCACAAAUUACAAACACUAACUUGAGAUGGACAUGGAAUAUUGUAGAAUAAAGGCAUCAACUUGUCUGCCAACUACAGUUGACCACGGUUUAUCUACUAUUCAACAAGUAUUGGUUUAGCAAAUAAAUAAACAACAUUUGAUAGUUGAUUAAUCGUUUUUGAGACCUUGUUGACAUGGAAAUGUAUCAAUCCUUUUACAUUUUUAAUUGGUGAAAGAGAGGGCAAAAGUAAAUAUUCUUUUUUUAUUCCUUUUUUUAAGUAAAAAAAUAUUCAGUUUUUUUGUUGUUGUCAUUUAUAUCUAUUUAAAUUGUCAUUUUUAUACUUUUGAAACACACCAAGAAAGACGUCAAAUAUAUUUUCAUACUGUCGAAAUGGCAACAGGUCAUUAAUUCUAUUUAGAGUAUGUACAAGUUUUUAUUUUCUGUACUACUUACUGUUUUAGUGUUUUUGAUUCAUUUUGUCCCAUCAAUUUGUGUCACCCAUUUUCGUGCGUCACUAAUUUCUCUGAUUCCAUUCUUUUUUUCUGUGAUGACUAUUUUUUCAGAGUUUUUCUUUGACAACAUUUUUGGUCUGUUUUUUUUUUUUUUUCUCCCUCGAC